AUGUCGAGAAAGCAGGAUUAUAUUGCCAAAGUGGAAUAUGAAAAUAAUCUUCCGGCUCCAUUAUUACCACCGAAGUUAUUGAAGUACAGAGUGAAUCCCGAAGAACAUGCAGAUUCUGCUGAGCUUAUUACAUCGUUGUACAGCAAAACAUCCGUGACUCCUCUGAUCAGAUUGAAUGAUGAUCUGGGAAUGCCUUUAGAUCUGAUGAAGUUCCCGGGUCUACUAAAUAACAUGGACACAAAAUAUCUUUACGAAUUGGAAGGAGUAAAACUGGCACCAGAAGAUCGUGUCUUGCUCAGGGCACCCGGAGUUGAUAAAGUACCAAAGGCAGACAUGUCUAAAGUGACGUUCCUCAGAAGAACCGAGUACGUUUCCACAUCAAUUUCCUCGCAUGCGCACGGUCUCACUGAGGAUAGCAAGAAGAGAACAGUUUCGAAUUUAGAAGAUAAAGAGGAACCUCUGGUUCCAAAGAAAAUACUUGAAAAAGUCGAAAAUACUUUCGAGGCAAUGACAAAGGACCUAUCAAAGAUACAGCAUCCGAUAAAGAAAAAAGUUCGUGCAGUAAGAGCCUGGAAUCUACUUCCCGACACCGCUUCGAUGGAUCAAAAUUAUUUCUCGUUGAGAUUGGUCGGGAGUGCUACUUUGGAUAAAGGCGAAAAGGAAAAGUUGGCCUUGGCUACAUCUAUUUUCAGGCCUGUUGAAUUGGAGGAAGAUGAAUGGAUUUCAAUGUACACAACAGACAACAAAGAUUCAGACAUACUGUCGAAGGAUGUAGAAAAAAAAAUUGAAGAAAACCUUGCAAAGGAUGAAAAUGAGGGCAAAACCUAUAAAUUUCAAAGAGUUAGAGAUUUUGACAUGAAACAAGUACAAACACAAGGCGGCCCCAACCCCUUUGAUGAACUUGCGAUUGUAUUAAAUAAUGAGAAGGGGGUUGCAUAUUUCAAGCCUCUGCGCUCACGUAUCGAGCUCAGACGUAGGCGUGUCAAUGACGUUAUAAAGCCCCUAGUAAGAGAGCAUAACGUCGAUCAAAUUAAUAUUUCUUUUAGAAAUCCAACCCCAGAGGAAGCUAACAUGAGAGACCGUCUUAGAAUGAAAUUUGAUCCAAUCGAUUUUGCUGUAGUGGAUGAGGAAGAAAGAAGAGAGUCGGAUAACGAAAAUCCAGCGGAGGACAACGUUAAAGGAGAGGAUGAGAGCCAGUCGAGAGAGGGUGAGACUGUGCAGACUGCAACGGAUGAGCCAAAAGUCGAGGAGGGUACGCCAGACGUAAAAGCAUCUCUGAACGAGAAUUCUACCGAGAAAUCUACCGAGAAAUCUACUGAAACGGCCUAA